AUGCCGCCAAUUAUUUAUUGUACGGUAUUUUUAUUAUUAAUUAAUUUUUACAUUGAACCAACAACAUGUGCUAUGCCUGCAUAUAUACAAAAUCUUGAACUUGAUGAUAUCACAUCUUUGUGGGAUAAAUUUCCAAUAAUAAUUGAUAAAAUCAAAGAAGCUGUCAAUCGUUUUCGUUGUCCAAAAGGAUGGCGACGUUUAGGUGGUUCUUGUUAUUAUUUAUCGAAUACAACAUCAACGCCUACUGAAGCUAAUCAUACAUGUAAUCUACUACAUUCAAAUCAUUCAAAUUUAAUGCAAAUACGUAAUACAGUAGAAUUAUUCUAUGCAGCUCAUGUUUUAACUAAAAAUAAUUUACCAUCAUUAAUGAUUGACAUUGAUCCAAAUUUAUUGAAAGGGAAACAUAUUGCAGAAAUUUUAAUGGAUGAUCAAGGACGAUGGCGACGUAUGAAAGAUAAAUUUACUGUACUUCGUGAUAAAUAUUAUAAAUUAAAAGAAAAAGUUCUUGAUCAAUUAGAUCAAGCUGGUUUACGUAUAUCAAGACGUUCGAAAAAAAUUAAACAUACUGUUAAAAAACAUAAACAAAAAUUAAUUGGUGAUGAUAAUGAAGAACAACAACAGAAUAUAUCGAAUUCGACUAUUUCUAAUACUACAAUUGAAGAAUAUGAAUAUGAUGAUCUUGAUUCAAUAGAUGAUGCUGAUGAAUUUGAAUCUAUUGAAGAUAUUAAAGGAAUAUGUGAUCAAAUAGGAUGGAAUGUUAUUCAUAAUGAUUCGACAAUUUAUCUUCUAACAACUUAUUUAGAAGCGGAUAAUAUUGUAUGUUCAUUGAGCAAUGUUGAACCGGAUAUAGAAUAUGAACAUGCAUGUGAAUAUGUACUCGAUUUUUGCUUUGCAAAUAUUGUAUGUGGCGAACAUGGACGUUGUGUAAAUACAUUAUCAGGUUUCAAGUGUUCCUGCUCAUUUUUAUACGGUGGUCUCCUUUGUGAAAGAGUUUCAAAACAAGGUCAACAAAUUAUAAUUGGACUUGUCAUGAUUUUCUUCAUUUAUGGAUUAUCAUUCAAACCAAUUCGAUGGGUGCUAAUUAAGAUUGUUCGAGCUAUGUCAAAUUGUUGCAAAGCAUAUAUUAAAAUUUAUAAGCACAAUAGACGAAUUAAAAAGCUAAAAAAGAAAGACGAUAAACUAAAAUUAGUAUCUGGUAAUAGAGAAGACGAAAAUGACCAUAAAACUACCAAAGAUGAAAACCUAGAAAUACCAAUUGUUGUUCAAGAGCGUCGUCAAACACUUCAUGAGCAAAUUAUGAAUUUUAUUUCACCGCGAAAUAUUGAUCCAUUACAAAAUCCUAAUAAACGUGAUCUUGUUCGAUUAUGUUGGGUUGGUGGAUUGAGUGUAUUCUUUCUAUCAAUAUUAUUUAUUGUAACAACAGUCACACAUUUUACUUCAUUUAAAUAUGAUAUAACUGAUGAAACAAAAUUAGAAGUAUUAGCUAAUGAUACUAUUCGAUUAGUAGCACAAUGUGAAAAAAUAGCAGAUUAUCGUAUGGGAAAUUUAAUAUUUUUUCCAUUUGCACUUACAUUAAUAUUGAUUUUUUCAUGGUCGGUUAAACGUGAAAACCUAUGUUUAUCUGUAUGUGAUGGUCGACCAGGUUUAAUACCACCAAUUGAACCAUUUCGAACAGCAAAUCGUUUUACAACAGCAACAGUUUUUGGAAUACUUGCAUUUGAAGUAUUGAAAAUAUUUGAAGAAGUUGCAUUUAGUACAGCAGAUCCAUCACAUCAUGGUGUUCUUAUUGAUUUAGUUCAAGGAAUAGCAGUUGUUAUUCUUGUUGGACUUCGAUAUUAUCCGGUGCUUGCGUCGCUACAAUUGCGUAAUGUUGUUCCGCGAUUUUUUAUUUCUCUAUAUAUGUUAGGUGAUAUUGCUUAUACAAUCGUACGAGAAGGAUCAUGUAUGGGAUUUUUACCAUUAUCAAAAUAUUAUUCAGCUGUAGAAGAAGCAAAAUUAAGAAUGGAACUUGGUACAUGGUUUAUAAUUUAUGGUUUAAUAAAAAACACUCCUCAUUUUAUCUUUCUUGCAUAUAUUGGUGCUGAAUUAUGGGUACGUUUUGUAUAUGAUUCGAUCUAUGUACCCUUAAGAAAAAAUCAAAGUAUAUGGAUAUCACCUGUUGCUCAACCCGAUGAAUUUGAAUUUUCAAAAUAUUAUGUUAGAAAAUUAUUUCGACGAAAUAUUGCACUUGCUCAAAUAAACUAUUCAAAAAAAAAGGUAAAUAUCGAUGAAUUAGACGAUCAUGAACAUGAAGCUGAAGUACAAAAAAAAGCUAGUAAAACACGUGUCAAAGAUUUUAUUCGUUCAAUUUAUACUUGGGAUGAAGAUUUUCGUUUUACAACAAUGGCAACAUGUACAUAUGCAGUUGCAAUUGUUUUUCUAUAUUAUUUAGCAUGUACAUUCGUUUUUCUAUAUAUAUCAAGAACAACAGGUCAUUUUGCAUUUCUAAGAUUUUAUCUUGAAUCAAUGUUAAAUAUUGAAAUCAAAGGACUUUUUUCAUUAAAAUUAGAAAUAAUUAUGAGUGCAAUUAUUACGGUUAUUAUAUAUGCAUGUCAAUUAUUUGUUGGUAUGAAAAAUUAUAAAUUACAUCGAAAAGAUCUAUAUAAAGGUAUUUAUGAAAAUAUUCCAUCACCUGCGAAUUUUAAACCAAAUGCUAUUGCAUCAAAAUCUGUUCAUUAUUCUGGUUUUCUUGUUGGUUAUAUGGCAUGGGGUUUUGUCAUAUGUUUUCAUUUAAUAUUAUUUAUAUUAACUUUAAUACGAUUUAUUUCUUUACAAAUGCGUUAUAUUGAAGUGGUACUUGCUAUAACUGUACCUGUACUUGUUAUUUAUUUAUUAAAAAUGGGUAGUAUAUCAACAGCUGGAAAAUUUUUAUUCAUUCAAGAUAUGGAUGAAAAACUUAAUUUAAAAAAUCGUAAAACUUAUGCAAUAUUUCUUUAUUUUAAUUUUUUUGCUGAUUGUUUUCUUGGUAUGGCUUCGUGUGUCAUACGUUUAAUUAAAGCAACUUUUCUUAAUGUGGUUUAUAUGGCACGACUUGAUUGUAGUUUUCUUGGACGACCAUUAGAAAAAUUUGAUAUUGGUUUUGCUGCUUAUGUUUCGUAUUUACAUAUGGAAGUUACUCAUACAAAUCCAAUUAUGCUCGCUUUUUGUUAUUCAUUAUAUGAUGAUGUUAUUAAGCGACGACCUAAUCAAUGUUAUGAUGACGAAUGUUGUAUUGCACCAGGUGAACUCGGUGAUGAUGUAGUUGACGUAAGAGCAAAAGUGAAUGUAUCACCACCAACAAUAAAGCGUAAUACAAAUGGAACAUCCUCAAAAAAGACAAAAGUACCUUCACAAAAGAUUGUAUCACCAUCAAAAUCGAAAUUAGAUAGACAAAUUUCAGUUGUUGAUCAGCACGAUGAUGAUGAUGAGCAAGGUCUUUCAAUAAGAGACAUAACACCAAAAAAGAAAUCACCAAGUUCAUCAAUAAGCUCUAAUAGAAAUAGUCAGAAAUCUAAGCAACGAAAAUCAAGUGUCGAUAAUAAUAUUGAUAAAGAACAGAAAGAUGAUGGCAGUCAUUCAUCACCAGAUAUCUCAGCAAUUGCUCGUCUUAUUCCUCAACAUCGACCUAUUUUACCACCACCAUCUGCUCCUGUACCUGAACCACCACCACGUUCAGAUCUUCCGCCUAAGGAAUAUAUUGAUGAUGAUGAUGAUGAUGAUUUCGAUGAUGAUGGUGGUAUAAAACCAUCGUCAUAUUCUACUAUAUCAAAAAUAAUGCCUCCUGAAAUGCCACGUUUAUUACCAAUGCAACAAUCAUCACCACCUCGUGUACCAAAACGAGAAGAUGUAAGUGAUGAAGACGAGGACGAUGAUGAAGAUGAUGAUGGUGGUCUUAAUCCAAAAAUAAUUGCUAAACAAAAACAAGAACUUGAAGAAAAGAAAAAGAAAAAGAAUGAAGCAAAAAUAAAAAAACCAUCACAUCGUAUCGAUGAAGAUGAUGAUGAAGAAGAAAUCUCAAAAUCUAAGCAAACUGUUAAACCAAAACAAGAUAAACAACAAAAAACAGCUACAAAACCAAAAAAAAUUGACGAUGAAGAUGAUGAUGAUGGUGGUAUAUCAAUACAACAAAUACAAGCUCAAAAGAAGAAACAAGAAUUAGAAGCUAAGAAAAAAGAAGAAGAACGACGUAAAGCUAAAAUAAAACAAGGACAGAAAGACGAUGAUGAAGAUGAUGAUGGUGGUGUAUCAAAACAGAAACAAAUAGCAAUAGCUCUAAAGAAGAAACAAGAAUUAGAAGCUAAGAAAAAACAAGAAGAACAACGUAAAGCUAAAAUAAAACAAGAGCAGAAUGAAGAUGAAGAUGAUGAUGGUGGUGUAUCAAAACAGAAACUAAUAGCAGCAGCUCAAAAGAAGAAGCAAGAGUCAGAAGCUAAGAAAAAAGAAAAAGAACAACAUAAAUCUAAAGUAGAUAAAGAUAAUGAUGAAGAUGAUGAUGGUGCACCUAAACGACAAGAACCUACGAAAAAGAAACAAUCACCAAAAAAAGUUUCGAAACCAGAAAUUUUAAAAGAAGAAGAUGAAGAUGAUGAUGGUGGUCGGAUUGUUAAAACAUAUGAUACUGUGAGAAUGAUGAUGCCAAAUAAACAAUCUGUACUUGAUAAACAAGUAAAAAAACAACCAUCACCAGAAGCACUUGAUGAUGGUAGUAUGUUAACAUCUGUACGUGAACAAAAACCAUUAUUAGCAUCAUAUGAUACAGUUGGUCGAAUGGUGCCGAAAGUUUCUACUGGUUUUAAACCAACGAGAGAAGAUAAUCAUUAUGAUACGAUUCCGACAGAUGAAGAACGUACAGCUCAAUUAACUGCUAUUUAUUCUCCACCAUCAUAUGAUCAAGCAUCAAAUUCAAGUGAUGUAACUUCUUUACGAACAAUAUCGUAUCGUCAAGCCCAACAUAGUACACCACCAUUAACUCAACGACGACUAGGAGGUUCAUCAUCAAUACGAAGCCAUAGUAAUACAAAUGAUGAUAGUAGUCAUUAUUCUGAAAUAAACAAUGAUACAGGUCAAUCAGGUAUUAUUAAUCGUUCAUAUUCACAUGCAGGUUCGAUUCGAUCAUCAUCAAAUCAUUCAAUACAACCACAAAGUAAACAAUCAUCACAAUAUACAUUAAAAGAAGAACAACCAACAGAAGAAUCAACGGUUGAAACUGAUGAAGAUGAUGAUGACAAUGAUGAUGAUGAUGAAGAAGAAGAAGAGGAUGACGAAGAAGAUGAUGAAGAUGAAGAAUCAGAUAUACCUUUACAAGCAAAAAAAGUUGCUACUCCUUAUAUAUCUACGGCUUAUAAUACUAUCAGUCAUUUAGUCAAUCGAGAAGAAGCAAUUAGACAAGAGAAAAUUAGAAAACAAAAACAAGCACGUUUUCGUUGGUUUCUUGCAUAUACAAUUAUUAAUAAUUAUCAUUUAUUUGAUCUGAGAAAACAAGCUCAAAGUCGUCUUGCUCUAUUACGUAUACAACGAAGUAAUUUAAUUGAUGAACAACAACAACAACAACAACAACAACAACAACAGCAGCCUGCAGCUUCUAGUCCACAACCAGUUGUACGCGUUGAUGUUCCAGAAUCUUUAUCAGCAAGACAAAGAACGAGAAGAGCAGCUCCAAUACCAACAACUGAACAACGACCUCCACCAACCCGUCGUCUUCUUUCUGUACCUACACCUGUUAUUCCCGUUACCGACAAUUUUCCUGAAAGUCCAGCUGAACGAUAUAUUGCAAUUCGUUCAUGUAUGUUAUAUGAUUGCAAUGGUCAACACACGAAUAAUACUCCUCGAUCUCAUGCUCCUUCCACCAUUAAUCAACCUCCUCCAAUGACAUCAAACAAUGAUGACAGUACUAGAAGUACCGGUUUUGUCGUUCCACCAAACGUUCUUGUUCAAGCACCAUCUGAUGCUUCUGAUAGAUCUGGAGGACCACCUCCACUGUAUCAACGGCAAGUAUCACACCACUCAACAUCAACGAUAAUACAUCCAACAACCGGUACACCACUAUUUCAAGGUGUACAAGAUUCAAGAGGAUCGACAGCUGAUUAUCCUCUGGAAAAUGGUUCUUCAAAUACUAACUUCUCUACAUUACGUACACAAAUGAGUCAUGCACAACAUAUGCAAGUAUGGCGUCAAAAUCAAUUGAAAAGAAUUCAAAGAAAACGACCACAUUGUUAUGUUUAUGGACCACCACCACAACGAGCAUUAGAAGAAAAAGUUGCUACGGCUGCUAUUCUUACUCCACAAAUUCUUGAAUCAGAAACGAGUGGUUCUCAGCGAUUGCCAAGUAAACCAAAAUUUCAAUAUCCUCGUCAAGUUAAUACAGUUAAUGAAAAAAGAACAAACAAUCAGAGAAAACAAACUAAACAAGACGAUGCUAUUCAAAAGAAAUCAUUAAGAACAUCAACUGCAAUCGAUCGAAGAGAUUCACCAAGUAAUGUUUCGAAUGUAACAGAAGUGUAA